AUGGGAUCGGCACCGCUCAAGAAGGCUCGCACCGGAGCCUCGCCUCCUCGGAGACUCGAGAUGCUGGGCGACGCCUCCUUCCCCCUAUCCUCCGUGGGCUCACUCCAGCUGAAUCGCGACGAUGCCGUCUCGCCUCUCUUCUUUUCUCACGCCCCUGCGAGGCACUUUAAUCGCCCUCACAGCGUCCCUGUCUCGGACGUGGCCUCCGCCAUCCUGGCACAUGCCCGCGACGAAACCUCGGGCGUGGUCACGACGCUGAAGCUCCCGAGAGCGAGCGUCAGCUCCACGAGCGCCGCCCUCUCUGGCAGCACGCCGUCGUCCAUGGACAUGUCGGCACCCUCACUAAGCCCUGAUAUGCGCAGCCUGCCCCCUGGCUUGCAAAUGCUUCAGGGUGUUGGCGUUCUCGAACUUCUCGAGCAUGAUGACAGGCCCACGUUCUUGAUAGACCUAGCAAACCCGGCAAACGCCCAUCGCCCGGGCUUACCUACGGUGUACCACAAUUCCUCUCUGCGAGCGGCUGAGUCUAUCCACGGUCUUCUGAACCCCGACCGAGACAACCCUGCCAGUCCGGAGCCUUCAGACGAGUUCAACGAGUUCAAGGCCUGGGUGAUGGCCACUGGUGCAGACUCGCCCAAUGUUCCUUCAUCAACAUACGAAUACGGGGGGAUUACGUGGGUGGCCACAACUUUGAGGCGUCGGUUUCGAUUCAUCAGCGGAAACAUUACCUGCCAACCCACCGCUCACGCAGCCUCGCCAAUGCCCGUCAUGAUGGAAGAGGAGGAGGAGGAUGGGGAGGGGGAUGCACCCAUGCUAGGGCAGGACGACAGUGGCGGUUGCAUAUCGACUCCAGCUACACCCGCUGGCGAUAUUCCCGAGCCGCCCGACUACUUUGGCGCCGCUACCGACAAGAGCACCAGUGAGCCCAUGGACACAGCCGACACGACUCCCGCAACCGGCACCAUCAAGCCGAUGUACGACAUCAACCGGCGACAUCCCGAUGACUUCACCAACGAGGUACUGCAGUCGCAGCCUGUAAGGUCGACUUUCGACUGGACCAGGAUCCCGUACAGCGACAGCUUGCCCGAACACAUCAAAUUGGCAAAAUCGGUGGAUUGGGCUUCAACGCCUCUUGGCCCCAUAAGCGAAUGGGGAUACAACCUGAGGGCCAUGGCGAACCUGGUCAUGGGAAGCCCCAACCCGGCCGCCAUGUACUGGGGCCCCGAGUAUGUCAGCAUCUACAAUGCCGCAUAUGUGGCAUUGGCGGGAAGCAAGCAUCCAUCCCUCAUGGGCAAGCGGUUUUCGGAGGGCUGGUUCGAGCUCUAUGAAGACUUUGCCCCCAUCUUCCAGUCUGCUUGGGAGUCUGGCCAAGCGACCAUGAAGCAUGACGACCAGCUCUUUAUCAACCGACAUGGCUUCCUGGAAGAAACCUUCUUUUCAUGGUCGAUAAUUCCACUCCUCGGCGAAGAUGGCGAGGUCGUCGGUCUAUUCAAUCCCAGUUUUGAGAAUACUCGACGGAGGAUCAACGAGCGACGAAUGCUCACCCUACGAGAGAUUGGGGAGCGGACGGCAUCGGCAGCUUCGGUCAGCGAGUUCUGGCCACAGGUAAGGAAAGGUCUGGCGUUCAACGAGUACGACAUCCCAUUCAGCAUGAUCUACUCCGUCAAAGACGAUGCCGAAAGUGAGGUAUCAUCGCUUCACUCAGGCAGUCAUGUUCACUCUCCUCAACUCGUUCUCGAAGGAUCUCCCGGUGUCCCAGAGGGUCAUGUGGCGGCCCCCCCGACUCUGGACCUACGUACGUCAGAAGAAGGGUUUGCGCCUUACGUGCGGCAGUCGUUGGCAGGGGGUGGAGCUCCGGUUGUGCUCUCUGAGGAGGACGGCACCUUGCCAAAGCAUCUCAUAGAAGGAUUUGAGUGGCGGGGCUUCGGUGACCCUUGCAGGACAAUCGUCGUCUUCCCAGUCAUCCCCACCACUACUGGCGAUGCUGUGACGGGCUUCAUUGUGCUCGGCGUGAAUCCCCGACGGCCGUAUGAUGACGACUACAAACUCUUCAUCCACCUCUUGUCGCGGCAGCUGGCUACUUCCAUGGCCUCGGUUCUCUUGUUUGAGGAGGAGAUUCGGCGCGGACAGCGAGCAGCUCACCUGGCUGCUUUGGACCGUCAGGAACUCUCAGAGCAGCUUUUGCAACGUACGCAAGAAGCCAAUGAGCUAGAGACGAAGUUUACGCGCAUGGCCGAGUUCGCGCCCGUUGGAAUGUUCAUUGCUGACGAGAAGGGUCACAUCAACUACUGCAACGAUAUGUGGUGGCAGAUUUCUCGGCACUCUCGAUCCGAACAGAUAGGCACUUCCUGGAUGGACAGCGUACGAGUCGAAGACAGGCCGGGGUUGGACACCGCUUGGACAAGGCUUCUGGAGGAAAAGGUGACCAUUUCGGUCGAGUUUCGAUUCAACUGCAGUCAGCCGUGCGGAGAUCACACCGUCGACACCUGGGUCCUGAUGAGCGCGUUUCCCGAGAAAGACGCCGAUGGCAGCCUGGCAUCCAUAUUCGGCUGUAUCACAGACAUUUCCUCCCAAAAGUGGGCGGAAAAGGUGCAAAACGAGAGGCGCGAGGAGGCUGUGGAGCUCAAGCGGCAGCAGGAAAACUUCAUCGACAUCACGAGCCACGAAAUGAGGAACCCCUUGUCGGCCAUCCUUCAGUGCGUGGAUCAGAUCGCCAACAGCAUAGCCUCGUUCAACGCCCAUACCGACAGGAUAGAGGUGGACGCCCUUCUGGAGUCUUGCCUCGAUGCUGCUAACACCAUCAACCUGUGCGCCAGCCACCAGAAGCGCAUCGUCGAUGACAUCUUGACUUUGUCGAAGCUCGACUCCAACCUGCUGGCUGUCACUCCCGUCGAUGAACAGCCGAUCAAGGUCGUUCACCGGACGCUCAAGAUGUUCGAGUCGGAAUUGCUUGCCCACGACAUCGACUUUGAGUUUCGCGUCGACAAGAGCUUCGAGACAUACGGGGUGACCUGGGCCAAGCUGGAUCCAUCCAGACUGAGGCAAGUACUCAUCAACCUCAUGACCAACGCCAUCAAAUUCACCCAGGGCCGAGAGAAGCGGGCCAUCACCGUUAGCAUGUGCGCGUCCAAGGACAUCUCGGAGGUUACCAGCCAGGGGACGUUUUACUUUGAACGAAACGACAUACAGCGGACUGUAGGUAUGGAUAUUGACAACGAAGACGAGUGGGGGGCCGGUGAGCGUUUCAACAUCCACUGCUCAGUGGAAGACACCGGUGCCGGCUUGGGCGAUGAGGAGAUGAAGGUUUUGUUCCAACGGUUCCAGCAGGCCUCGCCUCGGACGCAUGUGCAGUACGGCGGCUCUGGCUUGGGGCUAUUCAUCUCGAGGAUCUUGACCGAAAUGCAAGGCGGUCAGAUUGGCGUUUCCUCCCAAAAAGACGCUGGGAGCAAGUUCAGCUUCUACGUCCAGAGCCGGAAGUGCCUGAACCCUCCAUCCCAAUAUGAGCACAUCACGCCGUUCAAGCUCGAGCGCAAGAUCCAGACAACAUCUACCAACAGCCAGCCCCCCGCGAGCGGCCCCGCGUCGCGAUGCCAGUCGGAUGCAGGUCGCAGCCCCCUAUUCGACGUGCUCAUUGUCGAAGACAAUAUUGUGAACCAGAAGGUUUUGCAGCGACAGCUGCGUAAUUACGGCAACAACACGUUUGUGGCCAACCAUGGCCGAGAGGCGCUGCAAACGCUGGAGAGAUCGAGAUUCUGGGCAGGCCAAGAAGAAGAGGGCGUCGACAUUUCCGUUAUCCUGAUGGACUUGGAGAUGCCCGUCAUGGACGGCAUGACUUGCGCGAGAAAGAUUCGCCAGCUCGAGAAGGAAGGGACCAUCAUCAAGCAUAUCCCCAUCAUUGCGGUUACGGCAUACGCACGGCCUGAGCAGAUUGAAAAUGCAAAGGCCGCAGGAAUUGAUGAUGUUAUCUCCAAACCAUUUCGCAUUCCCGAGCUACUCCCCAAAAUCGAGGAGCUAGUGGGCAAGUACCAGAGCCUUUCUGUGUCGAGAGACGCGUGA